CGGAAAUAAAUCGAACUACAAAAGCGUCAACAUAACCAGGUUAGCUCAAUUGGCAUUGUUUACAUACAUUUUCACUUGCAAUUGCUUCUGCGAGCUCUUGUUCGGUGCGCGGAUAACAUUUUAGUCCGCUUUUUUGUGUUGGAAGUGAAUUAACCGAGCGUUGCAGGUGAAGAAAACAAAACUAGCAUCGAUAGUCGAAGGGUGCCCUGUGAUGGCUGCUGGAUGCAGCAAGACGUUCACCUCUAAAUACGAGGAAGAGCUGUAUUACGAUGUGGAGUAUGAGGAGUUUUGUAAAACCUUUGAAUUUUCCAACUCAUCGACCUGUUGGAUUUGCAAUGGUUACUACGGACCGAACUAUGAAGAGCCACUGUGCGGUACGUGCCAUUCGUUCAUUUUCCCCAACCAUCCACAAGAGGAAGCCGAGGGACUGGCGACCGAGGUAUCGGACGAUGAAGAUUCCGGCAAUGAUGAACCACCGGAAAAUGGUUCGGAAGCAAAGGAUCGUUCCGAUGGCGAUCAGGAUUUCGAUCACCUGGAUAGACCCCGGCCGUCAGCACCGCGCAAUGUAAACCAGUAUCUCGAGAUGCUCUCACAGCCACGGGAAGCGGAUGAAUCGGAACGGCAAAUCUGUGCCCUGCCGGUCGAGGUGUUGCUGUCGAUAUUUUCCUACCUAGACGAUCUGUCCCUGUGGAAUGCAAGCGAGGUAUGCAAGCAGUGGAAGCGGAUACUGGAAGUGCACAUUCCGCAGCAAAUGUGGAAGAAGUACACCAAGGAACGGUGGCCACUAUUUCAGCAGAUAUCAACCAUUCCCAACUGGCUGCAUAUGUACGGUGCGCUGAUGAAUUCGUGCUUCUGUCGCACGUGUUUGAUACAGAUGGCACACAAGGCACCGAUGCGUGGACGGGUGAAUCACAUCCGUGCGAAUCGGCUUCGCAACGACAUACGUUCGCUUGAUCUCGACGCGACGGAAGGUAUCGAUGCAGUCGCACUGGACAAUCAACUGUUUCACUGGCAGGCAUCGAUACUGGGACCGGCCGGUAGCCCGUACGAGGGUGGCAAAUUUUUCCUUUACAUCGUCAUACCCUGCUCGUACCCGAUGUUACCACCGCAGGUUCGAUUUCUCACGAAAAUUGUACACCCGAACGUGUCCCGCCAUGGUGAUGUCGGUAUCGAUAUUAUACAGCAUAAUUGGUCGCUGGCACUUACAAUCUCAAAGUUACUCCUGUCCGUGCAGAGUCUGCUGACGGAUCCAUUUACACAGAUUUGUAUGGAACCAGAAUUAGGUCGUAUGUAUGAGAACGAUAGACCAAAGUUUGAAGCGCUCGCACGUCGUUGGACGUGGAAGUAUGCCAUGUACGAAGUGUUACCACCGGUCGAAGGUAUCAUAUAGACACAAAGAAAAGCGGCGAGGAAAAAAAACGAACCAGUUCCAUUGCAUCCUUAGGUAGAUAAGGGACAGAGAUUAGUGUUCCCUACUGCAGCGGAAUAGUUCUUACACUAUAGACUACCACUUAUCUAUCGACAAACGUUGUAAAUUUGUAUACCCAUGCUAAAUGUAGGUUUUUUUUUGUUGGUUUUGAAUAGUAUUUACGUAGCGUGUGCUUUACUGUAAUUUUCCAUUAGUGUUGCUUUCGAUGUGAUCAUUAUUCAGAAGCAAAUGUUUCUGAACGAAAAAAAAAAUACGAAGACUUAUGAACUUGUAGAGUUCAUUGUUUGCGCUUAUCUUACUAUAUUCUGUGUAAAGGAAUACAUUAGGUUACGUUCUAGCGUACAUUCUACUGUGUAGUUGAGCGAACGCCAUUUACACCAUUUCUUACCGUACUCAACAUCUUCAGUAUACUGCUCAAAUCAAUAGCAAGCCAUAAGCAACAGUUUGAAACAAUUGCCUCCAACCAGCUUCAUUGAAACUCCAUGACAAACGGUGUUGCUCUGGGUCCAAGGUUUUUGUUUUACAUUUGCAUAAUCAUAUGAUUAGUGAACUUAAUAAUGAAUUUACUAGAAAACAAUGUCCCAUUAGCACAAAGCCAGUAGUAACAUACGAUGAUACGCAACGUCGUAAAGGCGAUAAAUUAGCGAGAUAUUCCUGAGCUUUUAAGAACUGUAAAGAAAAGGAUAUUUGUAACCUGUACUCGCAGAACGUGUGAUGGACAGUUCCUCGUUCGUGUGUAAGAAAUGGGCGACAAAACGCAAACGGAUGUAAGAAAUUAAAUUAUUUACGAGACA